AUGACGCCCGCUCGUGGAAUCGCCGUGAUCGCGUGCGCGAUAGCCGUUAUCGCGGCGAUUCGCGACUCCGUUGCCAACAGCGAUUCCGUUGCUAACAGCGACGAAGAGGCGAUUCGGUUUUUGCAAACCUACGGAUAUCUGAAUGGUGAUAACGUGCAAACGAUAUCAGAUAACGCGACGUUGGCUCUGAGACACGCGAUUGCGCUUUUUCAGGAGUAUUAUCGUAUACCUGGUGAUGGUGUUCUUAACGAAGCUACAUUGGAACACAUGCGUAAACCGCGAUGCGGUGUCAAAGAUAUAUUACAUGACUUGGACGAUUCUCCGAGGAAAUGGGCGAAGACGCAUCUCACUUGGAACUUUCAUCUGGCGAGCGAGAGCGUUCUACGAGUCACCGAAGUCGCGUUCGAAAUGUGGGCUGCGAAUUCAUCGCUGACGUUCGAGCGCAAUUCAACGAAUCCCGAGAUCGUGAUAUCAUUUCGGAAAGGUUUUCAUACGUUUGUAGAUCCUCGGCAUCAAGGUAGUCGAAUAUGUCCGUCGUUGUUGGACGGACCAGGAAACGUGUUAGCUCACGCUUUUUUACCAUCGUCAGAAGUGUCAGAGGUGCACGUGGAUAGCGCGGAGAAGUGGCACAUCGAGUUAACUGUUAAUCCUGACGAUACGAUUCAUCUGUUGCAUACGUUGACGCACGAGAUCGGUCACGCAUUAGGAUUACAUCACAGUCCUUUAAAAGAUGCGAUAAUGUACGCUUUUGUUCCCUCUAAGACCUUUCCCGUGCGAUUGAGCGAGGCGGAUGUUCUCGCCAUUCAGAAUUUAUACGGUUUAAGAAAUAAGAGUGAAAUUGCGGGACCAGUUACGACGACUAUAGCGACGACCACGAUUGCGACGCGCGAUACAGGGAAUUCCGCGGAUCUGUGCGCGUUGCGACGCGUCGAUACGGUGUUGGUAUUAGAAAAUAGAAUGUAUGUGGCGUAUCGACAUUACUUAUGGUCGAUCGAUCUAAACGGAAAAUCUUACGGUAGGUCGUUGUUACUGACGGACUAUCUGCGUUUUCUUCCCGAUAAUUUUACGCGUUUGGCGGGUGCUUAUCGACGACCUUCGGGCCAACUCGUAUUGUUUGUUGACAAUACGGUUUAUAUGAUAGAAUAUCCGAGUUUUGAGUUAGUACCGAGUUGGCCGAGGAAAUUGAAAGAUAUGAAUCUUUCUCCUAAUGCGAAAAUUAAUGCUGUGAUUAAUACUAACGCGAGACGAACGUUUGCGAUCUACAACGACGAGAUCGUGGCCGAGAUCGACGAUUGCUCGAUGAUAGCCGUCAGGCAUAAUUCGUUGCACGCGAUAUUUCCUGGGAUUCCACCUGCUGUAACAUCCGCCGUUCGAUACAUCGACGGUAAUCUGUACUUUUUUGUUAAACGACAGUUUUUUAAAUAUAACGAAUUUACUAGAAGUGUAACUAUGGCCGGUAAAUUUGAUUCGGAGAUUUUUGGUAUCGUGUGUCCAAAGGACGGAUUGUUAGAGCAAUUGCGCGCUCUUUUGAAAAGACUCGCUCAGAUGAGGAACGUGUUUUCGAGCGAGGACGAUUUAGAAGAGGAGAGGGAGGAGGAAGAGGCACGGAAGUUUUCGCAUAGUGUAUAG